UGGUGAAUCUAGAGGUUCACCUAGGGGGUGAACCCAAGAAUUUCUCAUAAAAAAAUUCGUAAACGAAAGCAAAAUUAAAUAGAGAGUGUUGGGUGACGCUAGACUCUUCAUUAACUCUUCUCAUCUACCCUUCUCAUGUUUGCCUUUACAUCCUUCAGAGCAUAAUUAGUGAUAGUACUUCAUGUGGUUUCUGAUAAUUUAAAUAAACAAAAAUAUUAAGAAUGAAGGAGAGAGAAAAACAAAUAAGAAGAGACGAUUCUUUCUAAAGGUACUCCAAACACAAUAAUUCUACAAGUAUAAUGCAUUUAUUGGUUGAGCUGUUAAAAAAUAAUUAUAAAAACAAAUAUCAUUGUUUUACUGUUAUUGAAAAACGUACACAAACUCUCUUUACUGCUGAUGCUCUCAGCUUCCCUUUCUCUUCUUCAUUCAUCUCUUCAUAAACCUAGUAACAAAAGUUAACAAAACAAGUGUACUUGCAUAUUUUUUUUUACAUUACUCUCUCCCCAAGAUGCCUCAAGGACCGAUGCCAGAGUUUUCUACCUCGGUGAAGCUCAAGUAUGUGAAACUCGGCUAUCAAUACUUGGUCAAUCACUUCUUGAGUCUUCUUUUGAUCCCUAUCAUGGCAAUCAUCACCGUUGAGCUUCUUCAGAUGGGUCCAGAAGAGAUUCUUAAUGUUUGGAAAUCACUUCACUUUGACCUAGCUCAGGUUCUAUGUUCUUCUUUCGUUGUUAUCUUUAUCUCCACCGUUUACUUCAUGUCCAAGCCACGUACCGUCUACCUCGUUGACUACUCUUGUUACAAACCACCUGUCACGUGCCGCGUCCCCUUCGCAACUUUCAUGGAAUAUUCUCGUUUGUUCCUCAACGACAAGCCUAAGCGCGCUGAGUUUCAAAUGAGAAUCCUUUAACGUUCUGGUCUCGGUGAAGAAACUUGUCUCCCCCCAGCUAUUCAUUACAUUCCUCCAACACCAACCAUGGACGAGGCUAGAAGUGAGGCUCAAAUGGUUAUCUUCUCGGCUAUGGAUGAUCUUUUCAAGAAAACCGGUAUAAUGCCCAAAGACAUCGAUAUACUCAUUGUGAAUUUCUCUCUUUUCUCUCCCACCCCAUCGCUCUCUGCUAUGGUCAUCAACAAAUAUAAGCUUAGGAGCAACAUUAAAAGUUUUAAUCUGUCGGGGAUAGGCUGCAACGCGGGCCUGAUUUCAGUCGAACUGGCCCGCGAUCUACUUCAGGUUCAUCCCAAUUCGAAUGCAAUUAUCAUCAGCACCGAGAUCAUAACGCCUAAUCACUACAAAGGGAACGGAAGAGCAAUAAUGCUGCCUAAUUGUCUCUUCCGCAUGGGCUCCGUGGCAAUUCUUAUGUCAAACCGUCGGUCUGACCGGUGGCGAGCCAAGUACAAGCUUAGCCACCUUGUCCGGACCCACUGUGUUGCUGAUGACAAGUCUUACUACUGUGUCUAUGACUAAGUUACAUGGAAACGGAAGCGGAAACGCGGAAGCGGAAUCGUAUGGAAGCGUAGAAGCGAUUUUUUUCAAAAAACUAGGAAGUGGAUCCGUGUUGGAAGCGUAUAUAUAUAUCAUAUAAACCCACAUAUAAAAUAAAAUUCUGAAAAUUAAAAGUGUUUAAACUUUAAACCACACAAAUCCAACAAAGUCUUAAAUAUUAAG